AUGGAAGGGUUGGCGGCUGCAGGUGGAGUUAUCGCCGUGAUUUCAUUGGCAGGUCAAGUCAUACAAGGCUGUGACUAUCUACACACCAUUUUUGAGGACGCAAGAGAUGCUCCCGUAGUACUCCGGUUGCUCAAUAACGAGCUCUCUAUCAUAAAGAGAAUUUCCACGAACUUUGCAGCCUCAACACCUGAUAAUCCUGAACAUCUUGCCGCUUUGGACUUUUGCAAUGAGUCAAUUCAUGAACUACGAGAUGUGGUCGAUAAAUACGGUAGCUUAACAGGCGUUGGAAGAUAUAUGAAAUGGGGACCAAGGCUCUCAUUGGCUCUCAAUGCCAGUAAGAUCUUAAAGCAUUUGAAUCGUCUAAGAGAAGCCAAGGGGCAUCUUGAGCAUUUGCAAAAUGUUUUCAAACACGGUGAAACAAUACUCAAGAUAGAAACCCUACGGAACUCGAUCAGACAACUCAAUGUAUCCAAUUCGCAGAUUUCCGAAAUUGUCACUUGUUCACACGCGAAGGUGGAUGAUAUUGCUAGUACAGCCAAGGAGACGAAAUUCAGUUUACAAUACAUGGCAGACAAAUUCGCAAAGCAAACAGAACAGAACUUAGAAAGCAACCAUGUAAUUGAGAAACGUUUCGUGGAUGCUGUGGAAUUAAUACUGGAAAAUUCUUUGAAGAACCAUAUCCGAGAAGGAAUAGAGCUACAGUCGUCAUCUUCUAUCCAGUCGUCUCAUCUUGAAGCAUGCCAUCAUAUACCGCCGAGCAACGUGAGACUCUGGAACAAAUCUUUGGAAAACCCUUCCAUAGCUGGCCAAAAGUCUGAGCUUGAGUGUAUCUUGGCAGAUUAUUCAGGAGGAAUCCAAACUGUGGAAUAUUUAGACUUCGAACGCACAUCAAAGUAUAGCACACGGAUUGGCCAAGUCUUGAUAAGGACCGUAUCAAAGACAUAUAUGGCGCUCGAUGAGAUUGAAACAGAGGACUUACAAUUCAAUCCAUCACCAAUGCCGAAUGCCCAACAGUUAUCUUCUGUCAAUGAGUUCCCUAUCACGAUUACAAGAACAGAAACUCUAUUACUUCCAGAAUCUUGGGAACAAGCUCGAGGUGCGGUGAUUAAGUUGCAUGAGAUGGUCAGUCCUUCCACGAUCAAUUCAAGUUUGACAUUGCAAUUGAGAACGUUCUCGGGUUUCGGAUCGCAACUAUCAAAAGACGUAGCGGCUGGGAAUAUUCUUGGUAACAAAUUUACCGUCUCACAAUCCACUGGUGUCAAAGUGGUCGCAUCUCCGUGCCUGCUUUACACUGCAUUUAAAACUAUUUUUGUUGCUCGAAAAGUGGGUCAUGGAAAGGCCAGACCUAGAAAAUCCCGAAAACCAAAACAUUCAACUUCUCUUCUUCGUCAAUCCCCAGACAACAAAGUGAACGAUGUGGUAGAGCUUAUUACGCUUUGGAUCGAGAUUGGAUUGGGUCUGGAAUCCCAGGAAUUCUUCCUAAAUACGCCAGAUAGAACAGGAAUCACACAUGAGUCUAUAUUUCGACAGGGCGUCCAAACACUAUCGAUAUUUCAAACGCUGCGACAUGUAUACGUACAUGAAUUGGUGACAGAGAUGCAUACUGCAUAUGAUUCAGGCGGUUGUCAAGCAUGGCAUUCUUUACAUCGUAUUCAUGCAAAGUACUGGGCUCGAUACCAAGCGAUAGCAUCGCCAGCACCUUUCAAUAUUUUUGGAUACGACUUCAUUUGUAGUUCAAUUGACUUAGAAGAAUACUGCAGGCCAGGAAAACACCCAUUCCAGAACAUCUUAGUCAAUUUGCUCGCCCUUGGUUGGAUAGCAUCGAGGUUUAAUCAACUCGGAAUCGCCAUGGCUUCCAGCAAAUUUUAG